AUAGAGGCCCAUCAGCUCAUGCUGAACCUCAAAAGAAAAAACAUUCUACAGCUGAUCCAGCAGAGCAUGGACUGGAGACGUCGGAGGGCUACGCAGACGCUCGUUGAACUCCCGGGUACUGCUCUGGUAGUAGAUUUGGCCAGAGAGGCCGAAAGCGGUUCAUCUUUGAUUAACAAACAAUCAAACUUUACUCGGUGUGGUGGCAGUUGGCACCGCUACGCUGAGACUGGGUGAGAUAUGUCUAGUAGGUGGCGGUAAUGCAACAUUUAUUGGAUACCAACUGCCCUUAAACCUCAUCAAAGAAAAGAAGGCUGAUCCAGCAUGGCGGCGGUUAAGAGACUCAAACGCGUGGCAGCGUUGCAGCCAGGAUUCAUAUCUUUUAAAUCUUCGGCCGAAUCAGAUGACUUGAACAGUGGCCGGAGGAAGCGUGUGAAUAAGAAUAAGAAAAAGAAUUGGAACAAACACAGUGAUAUUCAAGAUGUUGAAGAGUUUUUGGAUGACGUGAGACUUCAGGAAAGAGCUACAGGAGGACUGAUAUCUGAGAAGCCAGAUGAUAGCCUGUUCUUUGUGGACAUCGGAGAGCAGAAAAAAAGUGUCCUGCCAGAAGUCCAAGAGAGAAAGAAGGGGAAGAAGUCAAAGUCGCGGCCCCUGAGGAUAGACCUGAUCCUGCAGCAUGACUCCCUUGUCCCUCCACCUAAAGAUGUUUUGGCCUACCAGCAACCAAACGCAAAGAAACUCCGCCGCAUUGCAGAGAAUGCUGAGAAAUUGGCGGCCAUGGGUGUGUUGCCACGGAGACAGAAACGGCUCUUGAACCGCAGACCGGCAACUAAAACGUCAAAGGCAAAGACGGCAGCCAACAACUUCCCAGACAGACCCUAUUAUGACUUGUGGGGAGGAGAGGCCAAAGAGACCGCAGAUCCUUACUACCUUGAGCAAACGGGGAAACGGCGUGUGAAGCGACCAGAGAAGCUCAACGCAAAGCCCUCUAUUCUCCCGGCAGUGGAGGUCAUAGCCCCUGGAGGCUCCUACAACCCAGACUUCUUCUCCCAUCAGGCCUUGUUACUAGAGGCCCAUGAGGUGGAGGUGAAGAGGGAGAGAGCGGAGCUGAGAAUAGAGAGGCAGCUUGCUGUCAAACAAGAGGAUACUGCCACUGAGGAGACAGUCUUCCAGGAACUAGUGGAAGGGUUAGUGGAGGAGGAGGAGGAGGAAGAGGAGGAGGAGGAUGAUGUUUCUAUUCGUGGUGGCUUGCAGCAGGAGAAAAAGACAGAGAAAGAAAGGAAGAGAGAGCGAGCCGACAAGAUAAAGUCACAACAGAAGCAGGCGGCAAGGGUGUUCACUGACAAGAAGCAGCAGCUCUUCCAGCUGCGCUCCAUCCAGGCGACCCUGAAGAGGCGGGAGCAGCGGACCAGAGAGAGGGUGGCCCAGCGGAAGGCCAACCAGGAGGCAGAGAAGUCCAUGCCCCGACGUCUCGGCAGACUCAAGUUCCAGGCUCAGGAUCUAGAGAUCCAGCUGAGUGAUGAGAUUCCUGGAUCCCUGCGGACACUCAAGCCAGAGGGCAGUGUCCUCAAGGACCGCUUCAAGAGUAUGCAAAAGAGGAACAUGAUUGAGCCCAGAGAACGAGCCAAGUUCAAGAGGAGACACAAGGUGAAGUAUGUUGAGAAGAGGGCCUUCAGGGAGAUCACCUAGAGACCAAACCAACCUCUGGAACUGUUCAGGACUGUGAUGUCACUCACAACACAGCCUCACCCACCGCCACUGGGCGACAGCCAGCCAAAGAGCUACUAUUUGCCCCCUCAAAUGUCUCCAAUCAACUCAGCCCAUUUUAAGUCAGUGAUGGAUUUGCCACCCUUUUAAAUCUGUGUUGGAAAAUAUUGAAGAUCCAAGUCACCACGAUUUGGAACAUUAUUUGCUGUGCAAUGAUAUUUUCAUGCACCAGCCCAAUCCAGAUGGCGCCCGUCAGAUUCAGGGUCAGUUCUAAUGCAUUUGGAUAUUUAAAUACACUGAUUCUGGGUCUGUCGGCAUCAGUUGGGAAUGUUAAAUGCUUCAGAAAGGGGGCUCUCUCCUGUCCGUCUCUCCCAGUUGGUGAUCUUGUCUUUUGUUCUUGCAAAACCAAGAUUAAUUCCCUCAUUAGGAGUGGAUUCCUGAGUGAAUAACAAGGCUGUUAAUGGAAGAAAAACGUUUAAAGCCACUUGUCAACAUGUGGACUUGGGUACAUUCUUUCAGUUAUAUCUGUUGUGUACAAAAUCACUUGAUUUGCUGUAAUCUGACUUGAUUUCAUUAAAGCAAGUUAAUUAAUGAAAUUGUUUUUAUUUUUACUCUGAUUAUGCUAUUUAAAUCUGUUUGUGCUUCUCAACAAAUAAGUAAUGCAUUAUUAAGGUGUAGUAUGAUUUCUUAAAAUUAUCUCAAGACCACAAGCAUAAGUCUCCACAUGAAAUUUGAAUUUGUCACCAGAAGUCUACUCAACAGCUUAAAAAUAUAAUACAUUGCUUACAAAAAUAUUUUUACAAUUUCAACAAUGUUUAAAGGGUUUAGUGUACAUAGUGUAUCCAUGGUGCUUGUGGUAUAUAGAAAUAUCUUAGUGGUCGUGUGACCUUUGCGAAAAUAGUGUCUCAAAUGUAUUAUUCAGUGCCUAUAGAAAGUACACGGCCCUUGGAUUUCUUCACAUUUUGUGUUACAUAGUGAGAUUCAAAUGGAUUUUAUUGUACAUAUUUGUCCAUUGUCUACACAAAAUACUGUAAAAGUGGAUGAGAUUAUAUUUUUUAAGAUUCA